AUGAUAGUACUGCACUUGGCUCAGGACCGGCAUUCUGAAGAAGGAAGCAUUAGUGAAAAGAGGAGAUGCAGAGAAUGGAAUAGUUUGCAAGAGAAAACCGGCACUGCAUACACUCCGGCAGCAGGACGAUGCGCAAAGAUGGUCCUGGCAAUACCAGAAAUGAAUUGUAAUAAAGAGAGCAAGAAUAGGUGGGUGGUGGGUGUAUGUUUAAUGGAUGGGUUGCAACGAACAUAUGUUCACACCACUUUUAACCAUAACUUACACUGGCCAAAUGAGUUUGACUUUGCCAUCGCUGCUGCUGUCACUCUCAUUGCCGCCCUUACUACAAGAAAGAGAAUUUUCCGCGGUGAGAUGAGGGAAAGUAUGCUUUAUUUUCAAAUAGCAAAUAGGGCUACUGGCGAAGAAAAUUGUUACAUGUUAUGCCAUAUGUCUACUUGUUAG